GUUAAUAUUAAAUUAUUACAUAGGCAAUACACAAUUUUAUUUAUGGAAUAAUGGCUGUGGUUUUCAUGUGCUCAAAACAUGAGAAAAACUGGAUAUCAUUUAUUUUUAUAACAAUGCUUGCUCGAUACUGCUGUAGUGAAGAUUCAGGCAGUGGAUUUGAAGAAAAUACCACAGGAAGUAGCCACGGUUUUGAGACUACCACUCAUCAACUGGGGAAUACAACUGGCGAAUUAUUCACAAGUACAGCAAAACCUCAUGACAACAUUACAAUGACAACACCUCGGCAGACAACUCAGAAUACCACCUAUCAACUGGGGAACACAACUGAUGAAUUAUUAACAAGUACAGCACAACUUCAUAACAUUACAAUGACAACAUUGCAGCAAACGACGGAGACAACUACCUACCACUUGGGGAAUACAAGUGGUGAAUUGUUUACAAGUACAGCACAACCUCAUAACAUUACAAUGACUACAUCUCAACAAACGACUGAGAAUACCACCUUUCAUCUGGGGAAUACAACUGGGAAAAUGUAUACAAGUACAGCAGAACCUCAUAACAUUACAAUGACAACAUCUCAGCAAACGACUCAGAAUACCACCUAUCAACUUGGGAAUACGACUGGUGAAAUAUUUACAAGCACAGUCGAACCUCAUAAUAUUACAAUGACAACACCUCAGCAAACGACUCAGAAUACUACCUAUCGACUAGGGAAUACAACUGAUGAAUUAUAUACAAGCACAGCAAAACCUCAUAACAUUACAAUGACUACAGCUCACCAAACGACACAGGAUACUACCUAUCCACUGGGGAAUACAACUGGUGAAUUAUUGACAAGCACAGCAGAACUUCAUAACAUUACAAUGACAUCUCAACAAACGACUCGUAGUCGCACAACAGAAUUCCAUGAAAUUACGAUGACAACAUCUCAGCAAACGACAGGCGCGGUUACUUUACAUGAAAUCACGACCUCUACUGAACACAUUACAACAACACUGAGUUGUGAAUUAAUAUGCAACGGAGGUAACCAAGAAUGCAUUGACGAUAAGUGCGUAUGCAGCGAUGGAUAUGAAAGUGUAAAUAAAUAUUGCACCAAAGUGUGUCCUGACACGUGCCCUAAACACUCCUCAUGUAAAAACGCCGAGAAUGGAUGCCAGUGUGAUAGCGGAUUUACGAACUACGAUGAUGACUCUGGAUGCAUUGAUAUUGACGAAUGUAAAACUAACUGCAACGAUAUUAUAUCUCAAAAUUGCACAAAUUAUCCAGGAUCUUUUUCUUGUUCCUGUAAAGCAGGCUAUUACUUGUAUGAAGACAGUUGCUUACCUCAACCAGAGGAAUGCCCAAAAGACUGUGGAGAACAUUCUGAAUGCAAAGACCCCAGUAAAGGAUGCGAAUGUGCUCCAGGUUGGACAUAUGGCGAGAUUGAUGAAAAGAGUUGUCCAAACGAUGUUGACGAAUGUAAAUACGACUGGGCAUGUUCGGAUCCGACACUUUUAUGUAAAAAUACUCCAGGGUCGUAUAUGUGCUACUGUAUAGAUGGCUAUCGUUAUAGCGAAACUGAAAGGGACAAAUGUGUACCAGAACGAUGCCCUGAAGACACAGUUUCCUGUUCAUCUGCCCCGUCGGACUUGUGCUUAAGUUCUGGCGAAGAAAUAAUCACUUUCCCGUCUACAUUGUUUGGAUAUUCAAAUAUAAGCGACAACUCAUGCCCUUCUGAUACUGAGAAUGAAGGUAAACCAUAUGGAACCAGAUUAUGUUCAAUUGAAGGAAGUUGGGAGACGCCAAUUUGGUUAUCGUCAUGUAACUUGGGAAUUGAGAAUUUGGGUUCCAAACCAAUUGAAACUGAAGAAGACCGAAUACAAACUUCUGACGACCUCGAAGUUUUAACUUCAUCACCAGAAGAACUGGAUUCCGCUGAUAUUGCUACCACCAUUGAAAUAAUUGAUAACGUCACAAACACGGAGAGUAUACCAAGUUCAGUAGCUACGUCUGUCGUUUCGACUAUCAGCAAUGUUAUGGAAUCUCCAAGCUUAGAAGAAAGUCAGCAAACAGAUGAAUUACUCAUGCAGCUUGACGACAUUGCGUCAAAAGUGAUACUAGAUGAAGAAACAGAAGUUUUUACGGCCAUAAGCAAUAAUGUGUCUAUGCUGGUUUAUGAAGUGAAUACGCGAGCUGUGACAGGAGUUGGAGUUGCAGUCUUGGUUCGACCAGACAGUUCUAAACUGGGGUUUCGUGCAGAUCAAAUGGUCACCAUAUAUGAAUCUUUGACCGCCGGUGGCAUAAUAGACAAUAAUGCGAUCGAAGCUACAAUAUAUGUUCCACACGCUGCCUUUAAAAAUUCGAGAGUUGCUAUUUAUGUUUUUGGAAAUAACAACUUGUUUCCGCGAAAUACGGUACAAGCCAAGACUGACCAGGAAAGAAGGACAAGUCGAGAAUCAGCACCACCAAAUGCAAUAGUUAAUAGCAUUGUUUUGUCAGCUACUAUUGACGGUGUCAACGUAUCAAAUUUACCCAAAGAUAAUCAACUCACGUUUUCGACUCCGUCAGAUAUCGAGGCAAUAAAUGGAACUCCAUUUUGUGCUUACUGGGAUGAAACCCUAGAAGAUUGGUUUACUGAUGGAUGUACCGUCAACCAUAGUAAAUCGACGGACGUAUCCAUAGCCUGUGAAUGCGAUCAUUUGACCAAUUUUGCAACCUUAUUUGAUAUCACGGGCACGACUGUAACACAAUACGGACUAGAUAUUGUCACUAUCGUAGGGUGCUCUUUAUCAUCAGUUGCUUUGAUUCUCCUAAUACUAACUUUUGUUUUCAUACCUAAAACCAGAACGGGGAGGAAAUUCUUGCCAGCCUAUUUAUUGUUAAGCCUGUCUCUCGCGUUGUUGGGAUUGAACAUAACCUUGCUUGUGAGCGAGAUGUCAUUUGUUUCAUCGCCAGAAAAUGCCUCUUCAUGCACGGCGAUAGCAGUUUUUUUGCAUUUGUUUUUACUGGGAUCGUGCUGUUGGAUGAACUGUGAGGCUGUAAUGCUUUGGAUAAAUAUAGUAAAGCCCAUUUACGCAAGAAGUCGAAUGAAAUACAAAAAAGCCGCUUUGUUUGCGACUUUAUAUGCUUGGAUGUUUCCUAUACUUUUUGUUGGAAUUGUAUUAGCUGUUGAUAAGUCUGUAUAUGAUCGACCAUAUGAGGAAGGGAAAGAAGUAACGUGCUGGAUAAAGACAGAUAUGGUCCUAUAUCUGACCGUAAUACCGUUGUCUAUUUUGAUUUCCUUCAACGUGAUUGUCUAUGUCAUUUUGACAUUCAAAAUGUGCAGGAAUCACACAAAAACAUGGGGUCCCAAUUGGAAAAUAUUAAGAAAGUCACAAAAGAAAAAUAUCAUUGUCAACGUCUGUCUUGCCAUUACCCUAGGGUUAACUUGGGUAUUUGGUUUCUUUGUAUCAGCUCUAAGUUUUAGUGACACCGCUGUUAUCGUAUUUGCCUAUAUUUUCACUAUCUUGAAUUCUCUGCAAGGUACAUUUCUUUUCUGUCUUUACAUUGUGAGGAGUAAAGACAUAAGAAAAACAAUUGCCUCAGAAUUUUAUAGACUUUCACAACCAAUAUUUUCCGACAAAACAAAGCUUUCCACUGAUAGAACAAGGCGAGACGAAGAUUUGCAGGGAAACCCGUAUUCCAUGAGCAAUGAUCUCAGUUCAAACCAGGAACAGUCUACACAAACGCACGAAGUAAAACCAAGGCUAAGAAGGACAUUUCAAGGCACGGAAAAUGUAGGAUACUCCGUGUCCUGCUGAAACGUUUGGGAAAAGCUUUAAUUGCAAUCAUUCCUCGUUAAAAUCUGCCUUUAAUUGACUAGAGUGGAUAUUUGAGUGUUUCAAUUCUAUAUCUUCAAAUAUCCAAAGGAACCACCGCUACAACACUAAAUUGCAUUUACAAGAUUUUUUGCCACAGUUAAUAGAUUACCCCUACCAUAAUAAAUUAAAAUAUAGAAACACCAUUAUUGAUAUGAAUAUAGAUUUCGAACGAUACUUACUACAAUUAAUAAUAAACAUUUAGUUAAAUCGUACUGAAUGGAACGUAUAUUAAUUACAUUUCUAUCUGUGGUAUAAUAACCUGAGAACGAUAAAUUUAAUUUGUAUAAGGGUAAUUUUGUCGUUCUUGGUUAUGAUUUUACUAAAUUUAUUCCGAGAGUAAAGUGAACCCUUUAUUGAAACUUUCAACAAAAUACGAAGGUGUGAAAACAGCUUGGAAAAACUUUUGAUAAAUGGACUUAUUUAUAUUCUAUUUAUUAAUGUUAUUUUGAAUUAUUUUCAUUUGUCCAACGAUAAACAGCAUUAGGCUGUGUGCGUUAAAACUUACGGUGUCAAUUUAUGAGCAGAGGCAGUGCAAAAAAGCUCUCAAAUCACGAAAUACGAAAAAUUAGCUUUGGCGCUGCUGCCAGGAAUAGUCUAGUUACCUAGUAGAAUAAUUAUUUGCAGCGAUUA